AAAAGAAAAAAAGAAAUGAGGGAAACUCAGCAUGGUUGGUGAAAAGUCAUUAUCUUUGAAGGUGUAUUGUAUAUUAUAUGAUCUUGAUAAUAUGAUCUUGUGAGUUGUUUCUCCCAUAGACGAUCACAAUCAUCUUCCUCCAAUCGUUUCCAGCCAAAAAAACCUACAAUGGCCGAGUCUGCAAGCAGAAACUUUUCAAAAAAGCUCAUCGAAAUUGAUAUAAGCUCGGAUACGGUGUGCCCAUGGUGCUUUGUGGGGAAGAAGAAUCUUGACAAAGCCAUUGAUGCAUCUAAAGAUCAAUACAACUUUGAGAUUCGAUGGCAUCCUUUUUUCCUCGAUGCAUCUGCACCCAAAGAAGGUGUGAACAAGAAAGAGUUUUAUAGACAAAAAUUUGGAAGCAGAGUUGAAGCAAUGUUCAGAAGAAUGUCUGAGAUCUUCAAAGGUAUUGGGUUAGAGUAUGACACAUCCGGUCUCACAGGCAACACUCUGGAUAGUCAUAGACUCAUACAUUAUGCGGGGAAACAAGCGCCGGAUAAACAACAUAGCCUUGUUGAAGAGUUGUGUCUUGGUUACUUCACGCAGGGAAAGUACAUAGGGGACAGGGAGUUUCUGGCUGAGACGGCUAAAAAGCUUGGCAUAGACGGAGCAGAAGUAUUCCUCUCAGAGCCCAACAAUGGAACCACAGAGGUAAAAGAAGAGCUGGAGAAGUAUUCACAGAAUAUCACUGGGGUUCCACAUUACACUAUCAACGGGAAGGUGAAACUGAGCGGUGCACAACCGCCUGAGACAUUCCAGAGUGCGUUUGAAGCAGCUUCUUCUUAAAACACAAAACAGUGAACUUAAGUAAAGAUUAUGUAUGCUCUGUCUGUAGUUUGAACUGCUGAGUUCCAACUUUUCAAGAACUUAAUGUAAUAAUGAAUACAGGUUUGGUCUUUGAUGGU